AUGCGCAACAAAUACACCAUGAUUUUGUCUAUUUUUGCGUUCUUAUCGAUUGUAGUUCUCUGCUGCUUGCUUUGUAUUUACUUUAUACUGACAGCGUUUGCUUCGAGCAGUGACGUUGUGGUGCGUCUUGGUGGUGGCCCGUAUGUUCUUGUCGUCGCUCACCCGGAUGAUGAAUGUAUGUUUUUUGCACCCACCGCGCUCUCGCUGCGUGGUCGAAAUCUGCACGUGUUGUGCGUUUCUUCAGGUGAUUUUGAUGGAUUGGGAGAUGUAAGAAAAAUUGAGAUUAUGAAAAGCUGUCAGUGUUUGGGAAUAUCUCGUGAUCACGUGACUGUGAUGGACGACAAGCAAUUUCCUGACGAUCCCAACAUGUUAUGGGACACCAAUUUGCUGGCUGAGAAAAUCGAUAUUUAUUUGGAAAAGAUUCGACCGAAAGUGAUAAUAACAUUUGACAGACACGGUGUAUCUGGACAUUUGAAUCACAUCAGUCUAUUCAAUGCAAUACAAAUGUUAGUGAAAAGAAAUACUGGCAAAAGUUUAAUCGCCCUCCAGCUACUCACUGUCAACAGACUGAGGAAAUACAUCGGCGUUUUGGAUAUCUGUGUGUCAUACUUGUGGAGACAGCAGUCAGACAUGGUUGAGGUCAUUUCUAGUUGGCAGCAAUAUUGGACGGCAGUACAGGCAAUGAAACAGCAUAGAAGUCAGUUUGCAUGGUUUAGGCAACUGUAUGUUGUAUUUUCAAGAUACAUGGCAGUCAAUACAUUACACAGGAUUUCAUAGUCUGCCGAUUGACUUACUCAUAUUUUG